GGGCCAAAUAAAUCAAUGGCUCAUCGCUAUUUUAAGUUUUGGUUGCGCUAUUUAUGUAAAUGUCGAGCGAAUUUGCAAGAAAAAGUGCAUAGAUGUGCGCUGAAGUGCUGAAAAAGUAAUUGCUUGGGGUUCAGCGGAAAGUCAACCGACUGCGGCUUGUUCCCUAAAGUAUCCUGCGCCUAAAGCAGCCCCAGUCGACGUGUUGAAUUCGGGGCGCGGCGCUUACUGAAAAUUCGGAAAGGAAAAGAAAGGGACGUCCUUUGGCAGAAAAAGAAUAAACUAACACCGAUAGUUAAAGCCAAUUAUCUUGCGAGUUGUUUAUUAUGGCCGAGCGACCAAAAAAUUUGUUUGCGACUGGUCCCGGGCCUAGUCGCUCGCGCAAUCCGCCAGAUCAGUUAAGCCUGAACAACCUCAGCAUCCGGCAUCCACCAUCGUCCACUUCGUCCACCUCCUCUGGAUCUACAUCCUCCGGCUCAAGUUCCUCAUCGCAGCACAACAAUGUUACCCGCGGUUUUCCCCAGCAGCCACCAGUAGCUCCUGCAGCUACAGCUGCAGUUUCAAGUUCCAGUAAUAGUAGUAGUGCAGCCGAUCGUCACCGUGAGAGAAUCCGGCAGCAGGCCUGUGGCAAAUUGCAGUUUGGCGAGGGUCCGGCUAACACACAUCAUUUUACAUCAGACGAUCUCGAGGAUGAGGGGGAAAUUGGACGCGGAGCCUUUGGUGCCGUCAACAAAAUGAUAUUCAAGAAACUGGACAAAGUUAUGGCGGUGAAACGCAUUCGAUCAACCGUGGACGAGAAGGAGCAGAAACAACUCCUCAUGGAUCUCGAGGUGGUGAUGAAGUCAAACGAGUGCAUCUAUAUUGUACAGUUUUACGGAGCACUCUUUAAAGAGGGCGAUUGUUGGAUUUGCAUGGAGCUGAUGGACACUUCGCUUGAUAAGUUCUACAAGUACAUAUACGAAAAGCAGCAGCGUCAUAUACCAGAGUCCAUUCUAGCCAAAAUUACUGUAGCUACGGUGAAUGCGUUGAACUAUUUAAAGGAGGAGUUAAAGAUUAUCCACCGCGAUGUAAAGCCGAGCAAUAUACUGCUCCAUCGUCGCGGAGACAUUAAGCUGUGUGAUUUUGGAAUUUCGGGUCAGCUGGUUGAUUCGAUAGCCAAGACCAGGGAUGCUGGCUGCCGGCCCUAUAUGGCGCCGGAACGUAUUGAUCCGGAGCGUGCCAAAGGGUAUGAUGUCCGCAGUGAUGUAUGGUCCUUGGGUAUAACUUUGAUGGAAGUGGCCACCGGCACUUUUCCUUAUCGUAAAUGGGAUUCGGUAUUUGAGCAGCUAUGUCAGGUUGUGCAAGGCGAGCCUCCUCGGCUAAAGACCUCUUUUAAUGGAAUGGAGUUCUCAAUGGAGUUUGUCGAUUUUGUCAAUACUUGCCUAAUUAAGAAGGAGAGCGAUAGACCGAAGUACAGUCGGUUACUUGAGAUGCCCUUUAUUCGUCGCGGCGAGACGAGCCACACCGAUGUAGCUGUGUAUGUAGCCGAUAUUCUAGAGUCGAUGGAGAACGAUGGCAUUACGCAGUUUACGGCUAAUCAGCCGGCCGAAAGUUAAUCGCCUAACCUGGAGCAAGUCAUAAUAUAAGUAAGAUUCAACAGCUUCACACAGAAGGUGAACUAAGCAGAAGCGAGAAGAAAAAAUUUAAAUUGUUGUCUACUUUGUAGCAUUUGUAGCAAACGUAGGGUGUAUCUUGUUAAACCGAAAACAAAACUAAGUAAAAAGUGUGUGCGCUGAUAGUAACUAAACUGUGUGAAAGUUUAAGAACUCUUCUAAACCCUUCCCCCAAGCAUUUUUUUUCAUUAAAAAUUUUUUGCGAUACAUUUGUGUUAGAAAAUAAAUCCCAAAGUAUAUUUUCAAAAACUAUUAAGCGACUAGCUGCAUAUUUUUAUGUUCAGCCAAACCAGCAUUUUAAAUCCGGAUUAUUUUGUAUCUUUGUUAAUGAUACAAUUACGAUAGGUAAUGCAUUAUACGUUGAGUUAAACCGCAACAGAAACGUAAGCAAUAUUUGUAAAAUUCGUUCAUGGGGACGCAAUUUAAAAUUGACAAAGUAAAGGUUCAAUAAAUGCACCAACAGAAACACCAAUAUGUGUUAACAUAGCGUGAAAUGAAAUUAAAGAAUGAAUUAUUUAUUGAACAGAUUUUGUAAUCCUAUUAUAUUUUAUAAUUUGCAUAUAAAAAUGAUUGUGAAAAGCUUUAAAUAAUUGCCAAGUGGCUGAAAUGUUUGAAUUGUAGUAGAAAUUAUUGCAGAAAAAUGCAAAAUUAAUCCCAAAAUAAUUAGCCACAACACCGAAACAUCCAUACAACACACAUAUAUACACACGUUUUUAUGCGUAGUAAUUAGAUUUAAGUGAAGCGAAAAUAAUUAGGAAAAGGUUAAAGCUAUAAAAAGCUAAAGUCAUGUGAAAAUUACCAAUUAAACAAAAUAAAUGUAUUGUGCCUAAGUAUAAACGGAAAAGAUAAAAGCUCAUCAUUCAGAGCGCAACCAUUUAAAUUAAAUCAAAACUCAUAAGCCAUUUAUAACCCUUAGCCUAGCUUUUAAACCCAUGCUUUUAUCGCCAUACUGCAUUCCCUCCCUGAAAGCGAAAAAAAAAAAGAAAAACAAUUAAACAAUUGCACCGUCUAUGUCCCCGUCUCAAAAUGAAAACAAAAAUCACACGACCACGCCAAUGUUUUUGAUUAACUUUUUUAUGCAAGCGAAUGUGAAAGCAAAGUUUAUUUUGUAAACAUAUAUACAUGCAUAGUAUAUUUGCACGGGUUGCAUAUAUAGAGUAAGGAAAGCAACAAGAGCCUGCGGCUGUUUCCCCUUAUUUUUCAAAGUUUGUUUGCGAAAUAAAAUCCUAUAUGAGUGCAACAAAUAGAGCGGAAAUAUAUACAAAAGUGUGUAUACAUACAUAUAUUUUUAUUAAGCCCAUAAACUUUCCAGGAUUCAAAUGUUCAGCUUAUCGACAAUUGCACGCCCAGUCGAUGUGACCUAAUUAACAAUUUAUAAAAAAAAGAUAAGAAUGAUCAGAGUGCAUGUUACACCGAUCAAUCAUUUGUAUAAGCAGAAAGCUAACCUACCCUGAAAGACCUCAAAAGUGGAUCCUUGAUUUAAAGGGUUUCUGGGUGCGAGCAACAUUCCAACUUCAAACUCGGUUAGUUUGUUAUUAAUCAUAAACAAAUAAAUAAAACAGAAAACAAAUAUGACAA